AGUGAAUGGAUAGAUUUGAAAAAGAGUAUUUAGCACUGCAAAAAGCCAGCAUGGCUUCCUUAAAAAAAAACAAUAUCCCAAAUAAAAUCAGAGUCGGAAAUGGAAACAGACCAUGGAGUACCUAAUAAGUCUGGAAUGAAAAAUGAGAAAGCAGCAAACAGUGAAGAGUGUUGUCCCCAGGAGAAGGCUAAUACAGCAGGACCACAGUUUGUGAGUGGUGUGAUUGUGAAGAUAAUCAGCACCGAGCCUCUACCUGGCAGAAAACAAGUCAGGGAUACUUUGGCAGCUAUCUCAGAAGUUGUUUAUGUUGAUUUGCUAGAAGGAGAUACAGAAUGCCAUGCUAGAUUUAAAACUCCUGAAGAUGCUCAAGCAGUAAUAAAUGCAUAUAUGGAAAUUAAAAAGAAACACUGCUGGAAACUCGAGAUCCUUUCUGGUGAUCAUGAACAGAGAUACUGGCAAAAGAUUCUGGUAGAUAGGCAGGCCAAACUUAAUCAGCCUCGUGAAAAGAAAAGAGGCACUGAGAGGUUAAUCACCAAAGCUGAAAAGAUUAGACUUGCAAAGACUCAACAAGCAAGUAAACACAUUAGAUUUUCUGAAUAUGACUGAAAAAACUUUUGGUUCACCUCUUAAAAUUUCACUGGACUUGAGCUGAUCUUACGAAAUCCAUUUUUAUUAUGGCAGUAAUGCAUAAUGAAUGUUUUUCUAAAACCUAUAUUCAAUUAAAAGAAAUAUCUUUGUUCCUUAACUCAUAUAUAAGACCUUUUUCUAUAGACAAGUACAUUGUAUACUAUCAUUUUUCACUGAA